AUGGCAACCGUAAGGCAGUUAGACAUAGAAGAAUCACCUUUUGAUGAUAUCGAGUUCCUAGAAACCUUAAGUAUACACUUGUGGCAAGGUAAGACAAUCACUCCACACACAUCAACCAAUCCUAACAUGCCUAAUCCCCUGAUGUGCGCAGAAGUAAAACCAACCAAACUGGUAAUCUUCGAGACAGGAAAAUGCAUGACCAUGCACAUGUGGCGGAACUGUGCCUUCAAUAUCAAUGACCCCAACUCGCCCUCACCUGAGUGUACUGUCUUUUUGUUGGAGCAAGUAUCAGGUACACCUGCCUCAGAUAGUCAAAUUGCCUUGUCCAAGGCGUCUGUAGAAGCCGCAAUGAGAGGAUAG